ACGACACUUUCGAGCGCCAGAACGCGAUGUUUCUGUUCAGCGAAGACGAGGAUCGGCGCGUGUCGUCGUUGUUGUCGCGGUUGGCCAACUAUGACGACGCCAUUCAGCCGCCGGUCGACGCGAGCGCGAAGACGGCCAGCGCGCAGCCCAAGGCCAACCUCGGCGUCCUCACGGGAGUGUACCUGCCGUGCAUUCAGAACAUCUUCGGCGUCAUCAUCUUCAUCCGCAUGACGUGGAUGACGGGAACGGCCGGCAUUCCCGCCUUCUUCGCCAUCGUGCUCCUCUGCUGCUCAGUCACCUUCUGCACGGUGAGCGCAUUCCACAGCCAUUCCCGUCACGUGACUCUUUGCACUUUACAGGCCAUCUCGUUGUCGGCGAUCGCCACCAAUGGGAUCGUGCCGGCGGGCGGCUCCUACUUCAUGAUCUCGCGCUCGCUCGGGCCCGAGUUCGGCGGCGCCGUCGGAGUGCUCUUCUUCCUGGGCACGAGCGUGGCCGGAGCCAUGUACAUCGCGGGCGCCGUCGAGAUUCUGCUCAACUACUUGUGUCCGCAGAUCGCGCUGUUCGGCGACUUCGAGACCAACAAAGACAUCCUCUACCACAACAUCCGCAUCUACGGCACUUUAUUCCUCCUCGUCAUCGGCUUCAUGGUCUUC